AUGACCGACUACCUCCGUCGAGCGGCUGCCGACGGCGUCGUCCGCGCCGAGAUCUUCUUCGACCCGCAGACGCACUGCUUCGGUGACGCGGCGCGAGACCCGACCGGCGUGGGCCCCGCCAAGCUGCCGUACGGCACGGUCCUCAGUGGCUUGUGGCGCGCGGCGGAGGACGGCCGCGAGGCACUCGUCGUGUGGUUGGCUGUUGUGGGAUCGGGUUUCGGGGCGUUCGGCGUCGAAUCUGCCCUCAUCCUCUCCUUCCUGCAGGACCGCUCGCUCGAGGAGGCGAUGGCGGUGCUAGACGAGGCGCUCAAGCCGGGCAACGUCAGCAAGAUCGUCGGCGUCGGGCAGGACAACGGGACGGGGCGCGCGGGCACACAGAGCGCGGCGGCGGCCCGACUGCGUCCUACCUCCAUCACCACCUCCAUCACCACCGUCUGCCACGCCGGCGAGGAGGAGGGCGCGGCGAACGUGGCGAUGGCGCUGGACACGCUGCAGGCUGGGGAGGGCCGCGACGCGUCCGUCGUCGCGCGGCUCGCCAGGCAGGGCACGCCGCUCACCGUCUGCCCGCUCUCCAACCUCCGCAUGCAGAUCCAGGCGCACACCCACCGCUGA